CAAAAGUAGUUUGGCUGAUUCUUGUUUCUCCUGCCCAACUGAUCCCGACCGUUUGGGUCCCGCAUUCCCUUGCGAAAACCCGCCAGUUGCGCCAGUUGCGCGCAGACGCCUGCUUGCGUCGGGAGCUUUUUCGGACAACUGCUUCCUUUUUUCUUCUUCUUCUUUUGACUCCUCUUUGCCCGAGAUCUGAAUCUGUCAAGUAACCCACGAUAGCACGGUCAACAGCCACCAGGUUUCCCCGAUGUGAGGGUUGGUGUUGAUUCAAGGACUAUGACGGAAUCCGAUCGACCAACAACCUCCACUGGAAUCGAGGUGGAUGCCGAUGCCAGCUCGCCAAGUGAUGUGGAUAGCAUUCGCAGCGAUCUGACUUCAUUAAGCGAGUCAAUCUAUAGUUAUGUCUACGAGAAUGGCCGAACCUACCACGCGCACGGGUCGGGGACUUAUAUUCUCCCCAAUGAUGAACGAGAACAAGAAAGACUGGACGUGAUGCACCACGUCUUUCGCCUCUGUCUAGAUGGGAACUUGUGUCAGACAAAGUUAGAGCACCCGCAACGAAUCCUCGACAUUGGAACAGGCACGGGAAUUUGGGCCGUUGACAUUGCGGACGAGUUUCCCUCAGCACAGGUGACGGGGGUGGAUCUUUCUCCAAUACAGCCAGGCUGGAUCCCACCGAACCUUUCAUUUAUCAUUGAUGAUGUGACGCAAGAAUGGAGCUUUCAACCCGAGUCGUUCGAUUUUAUCCAUGUGCGAUGUUUCGCUGGAAGUAUAGAAGACUGGGCCACAUUUUUAAAACGAUGCUACCAGUAUCUCAAGCCCGGUGGACGCAUCGAAGUUGCCGAAUCUCGUGCUAAGCUAUAUUGCGAUGACGGCUCAUGUCCAGAGGACAGCUACCUAUAUUCAUGGGAGCGCGAAUUCAAUCGUAUCACAAAGAUACAAGGGCGUGUUUGGGAUAUCGCCCCGCAGAUUCCGGGCCUUCUUCAAGAUGCUUCUUUUGAAAAUGUCGACAUCAUCGAGCAUGUCUGUCCAUUUGGCACAUGGCCCAAGGAUCCCAAAUUGAAAGAAGUCGGUCGAUAUUUUCGAGCUCAGAUGGUUGAGGGGGCGAUGGAAAGCUACUCACUCGCCUUAUUCACCCGAUUCGGUGGCUGGAAACCAGUCGAGGUGCAGGUUCUAUUGGCACAUUUACGAACAGAGAUUCAAUCGAACAAGAUUCAUGCCUAUACAAAAAUUGCAUUUUCCACCGCGCGGAAGCCCAUGACAUAGCCUUCCACACAAACACGGUACAGAGUCCAGGCGAUCGAGUGCGAAUACUGGGAAUAUCAUGAACGCAUAGAGAGGAGGGAGGUAUUUUUGAAAACUUUGUUACUUUAGCCAGGCAUGCAUACACACGGCGCAGUGCAGGGGUUUAAUGCUCAUUUACAAAUUUCAUCAUCCAACAAUCGAUUGUACAUACUCUUGGGGUGAACUGGUCAGUUAUCUUCAUGCCUGAGGCAUCAAAAUGACUCAGCACCUCCGCCCAAUCGCGGCAUCCGAAC